AUGACAUCCUCUUCAACCUACCCCUUCUACCAGCUCGACAUCUUCACCGACAAGGGCUACCUCGGCAACCCUCUCGCCGUCAUCGUCGCACUCGACCCUGCCCUGCCCAUUCCCAACGACGAACAGAUGCAAAAGAUCGCCAACUGGACAAACCUCUCCGAGACUACCUUCCUCCUCCCGCCCACCGACCCCUCUAUGGCCAACUACAAAGUCCGUAUCUACACCCCUACCGAGGAGCUCCCCUUUGCCGGUCACCCCACCAUUGGAACCUGCCGCACCUUCCUCGAACAUACCCAGGGUGGCGUCCAGCAGGCAAAAGGACGAAAGAUUAUCCAGGAGUGUGGUGUCGGCCUUGUCAACUUGCUGGUCGCCGAAGAUGGGUCGAUUGCCUUCACGGCUCCACCACUCUCCAAGACCGGACCUGUCGAAGAGGAAAAAGUCCUCGUUGCCUGCAAGACCAUGGGCAUUGCUCGUGAGGAUGUGAUUGACACACAGUGGGUCAUCAACGGACCCCAUUGGUUUGCUCUCCAGCUGAAGGAUGUCACUACGGUGUUGAGUGCCAGUCGCAUCCCCAACCAAGAGUCCAAGAAGCUCAAGUGGGGUGUAGUUGGUCUCUAUUCCCCUCAAGAGAGACAGUCUGCUGAUGCUCCGUUCUGUGAGAUCCGCGCCUUCCCCCACGCCGUGGAGGUCGACGAAGACCCUGUUACUGGGUCCUUCAAUGCCGGUGUGGCUCAGUGGUUGAUUGGAAAGGGUUUGGCUCCUACCAACUAUGUCGCAUCGCAGGGACUGGCGAUGGGCCGACGCGGUCGCGUUGUCGUGCACCGUGAUGACUCUGACCUCACCCUCGAAGAGUUCAAGCGCCCUAUCUGGAUUGGCGGAGAGUCAGUCAUCUGCGUCCGCGGAACCAUCCAAAUCUGA